AUGGGGACGGCCUUGGACGCCCUGUCAGCCCCGCCGUUGAACAUUCGUCGUCCUGCGGCCCCGACAUUACCUAGCUUUGAGCUUCCACCACCACCGUUCACGUUGGGUGCGGCAGCACCCAAAUACGCACAUCCAAACCACCCCCCAGUCUCACACGCGCCAGUCAACGUGAGCGUGGGGAAUCUGCUAACGCCACCCGCCACGAUUCAAACAGGGGACCACGCCACACCUCAGCCAUUGGCGCCGUCAACAGGCGCGUCCUCCGAGCUGCCGCCGGCAUAUUGGUCAGGGGCCAAUCCAUACGGACAGUCCUGGGGAUCCGGCGUAAACCCGUACUCAGCCCGAAGUUCCUUCUCACCAUCCGGUAUGCAGCGCUCGGUAAUAUCACCGCCGACGACGGACGGCUUGCCGCACCCAUAUGAAGGCCCGACAUUAUCAUAUCAACCUUUACCCGCCCCGUCAACAAUGCCCUCCGCUUCACAACCAGCCAUGACAAUGUACCAUGGCGGACCCACUACAUCUCCCGCUCCACUGCCAUCAAACGAUCCAUAUGCACCUAAACACCAGCACCAGCAUAUGUAUGCCGCUUCUCCCCCAAUGCACAGUCCCCACCAAACCGGGUUCUCCCCCAUGUAUGGCCCCGCCGGCCUCGGCAUCCACCCUCCAGGCCGAAUGCCUGUACAUAGUCCAGGCGGACAGCCACCGCUGGGAUAUCCCCGCCAACCCUGGCCCUCAUAUUCUCUCCCGGCGAUGAACGGUCCCGUCAUGAGCAACGUGCACAGCCCCGGUGGGCCCAUGUCGAUGAUGGGUGGAAUGCAGCCGGGACUUCUACCAGGAUUCAACAGUGGACAUGUAGCCAGUUCUCAACAUCUAUAUGGAGGCCAUCCACCACCGCACGGAAUGUCAGCUCCCGCGGCAGACCGACCUUUUAAAUGCGACCAGUGUCCGCAGAGUUUCAACCGGAAUCACGAUCUCAAGCGCCAUAAACGGAUUCAUUUAGCCGUGAAGCCUUUCCCUUGCUCGCACUGUGAUAAGAGCUUCUCGCGCAAGGAUGCGCUUAAGCGACAUAUCCUUGUGAAAGGCUGCGGGAAGGACGGGGACUCGGAUGCGAACAGCACCCAGACUGGGACAGAUAUCAAGGGUGAAGGGAGGAGCGAAGACGGCAGUCCCCUCCUCAAUGGACGUUGA